UAAAUUCUCUUUGUAGAAGUGGUAACUACUAACUGGAAGCAUGGCACAAGCUGCCUUUUCUGCGAAUGGAAAAUACUAUUCAUUAAUAACUCAAGACGGUCGAUUGAAAAUAUGGGAUACAGAAAAGAAUGUUCUCAAACAAGAGUUCACGCCCGAUAUGCAUCUUACACAGCCACCCACUUGUUUACAGUGGAUCAACGUAAAUUCAAGUUCAGGUCGAACCAAUCAAGAGAAAAAACGAAAAAAUAAACCUUUAAAUGAUGACUCCUUAGAACACAUUGCCAUAGGUAUGACAAAUGGAAGUAUAUUGCUAUAUUCAGUUGCUCAAGCGGCAGUUGAAACAGUGCUAAAUUCUCAGACCAGUAAGAAAGUUCUAGCAGUUGAUUGGAAUAUUAAGUUUGGUCUAAUUAGCUGUACAGUAGACAACAACAUCUAUGAGUGGAGCAUAGAAAAUUCAUCAGUGAAUUUUGUUUAUGAUGUGUCUGUGGCUGGUGCAAAUAAGCAAGCAAAUAAAAUAAGUGGUGUUAAAAUUGUCCCAUAUCAACAGAAUCCUGCAGUAAAACAUGUGGUUGUAGCAUCAUCCCAAGUCAGAUUAUGGAGACUCGGCAAUGGCAAAGCAGAUUUGUUGAAGAGUCUUGGUCACAAUGCGGCAGAUGGAACAUUGCUAGUGGUAGCCACAUUAAACAACUCAUACUGGCUUAUAGAAGGAUCACGAAAUGAGCGUCUUCUACAGUUUUGGGACAUAUCACAAGCAAAUGACACACAAAAACAAAAUGGAGAUAUACAGCAACCUUUUGAAAAGAAAAGAAGAAGAGAAUCUGUCACCAAUAUACCAACACCAACAUACAGCUUUGUUUUAGAAGAUGCUCCUCGAAUGAUUGAUAUAUCAAUAAGGUCAGACGAUGGAGCUAGCAGGAUGUCUUUGGUCGCUGUUACAAGAAGUGGUGUUGUACAUUACUAUGGACAUAUGAUAAAUGGGCCAUCAACAAAACCAAUUAAACCAUCAGUGACAAUGCAUAUGACUACACCAGACGCAAACCCUAUACCGUUAAUAUGCUGUGCCCUGCACUCCAGCGAUGAUGUACUUGUUGGAUACAAAAGUACUGCAGCAUUUGUUUUUGAAAGAGUAACUCCAGAUUUAACAUCAAAAACACAAAUAUUGAUACGAGAAGAGAGCAAAAGUACAAAGAAAUCAAAUAAAAGCAAGGAGGUUAAUAAAGAAGUAGUGGGGAAAAAUAAUGAUGUAACAUAUGUGGAACCUAUGGGAGGGGUUACCAGCAGAAAGAGACAAACUGCAGGAGCUAAGGUUGAAGGUACGAUGGAGGCAAGAUUAGAGAACCUCGCCAUAGACCUCAAGAGCAGGAGUAAAGCUCCCGUUUGCCAAAAUUUGACCAAGUUGUUGAUGCAGGGCCUACAUUCUAAGGAUAAGAAGAUUAUACUCACUGUGUUGCAACGGGACGACCCAGAUGUCGCAAGCAGGACUAUGGAUUCGCUGCCAGCUAACUAUAUACCGAAUUUGCUUGAUGAACUCAUUGAAAUGGCGACGAGGAGGACAAGUCAAUGUUCAGCGGUCUGUACAUGGGUUCGGGCUCUGCUCCAUUCUCAUUCUGCGAUGCUGUUGACAUCCGCAGCAACAUCAGCUGAGAAAAUUACAUCACUGCUUGCAAUAUUCACUAAUAGACGAUCACACCUAUGUCAGCUGUUGAACCUCAAGGGACGGCUGGAUCUAACCAUGGUUCAGAAGGGAUCUAAGGAUAUGUAUACAGAGCAAGAAGCAAUCCUAGAAUAUAAUGAUUCAUCGUCCGAAGAGGAAGUGAUGGAGUUAGAACAGUACCAAUCAAGCAAUGAAGCUUCGGAGCAGUGGGAUGAUGAUGAUCAAGUUGAUGGUGAACACAGCGACCAGGAUGAAGAAAUGGAGUCUAGUGAUAGUGAAUAAAAUGUUAUGACUUAUUAAAUUCGAUUAUAUUAA